CAUUAUGAAUGCAGUGAGCUCACAAGCCACUAGGCAGAUAAACAAAUUAAAGGAAGAUCUGAGUAAACUAGACGAUGAGAACAGUAUAGUGUCAAAUGCUUUAACUGGUCAGAUAGCAGCUUCUUUAGCAGCCUUGAAUAGAACAAUAGACGAUUACGAACAACUUUCAAAAGGAGAAUUAAACAGCGCUAAGCAGGAGAAAGCAGAGGCCCGUUGCGCAGAUCUACGCAGACAAUCUAAAUCCCUUAGACAACACUUUGAAGUAUCUAAGAACAAGGCUAGUGAGAGAGCUACGACUACCCUUAGAUCUGAUCUUAUGGCUGGGCAAGACAUACGGACACGCAACCAGGAUCCACUAUUUCAGCCAAACAGAAGUCAAUGGGAUGACUUCAAUAUGAGAGAGAAUGAUUUCGUUAGGAAUGCGGAUUCACAACUCGACUCCUUCUUGGCUCAGGGUGCCCACAUACUGGAGAACUUACGCGAUCAACGCAGCUUUCUCAAAGGUACGAAAAGAAGGCUACUUGAUGCUGCAAAUGGUAUAGGAUUGGGUAGAACUGCUAUUAGUUUUAUUGAGAGGCGAUCGGCAAAAGAUAUUAUUAUUUUCUAUAUUGGAGCAGCUUGCACCCUCCUUAUAAUGUUUGCUAUUUGGUAUUACCUCGGCUAGAUGAUACGAUACCAACUUUAUGCUAAUCUUCUAUAAA